CAAACUGCAUCGUUAGUUGCAGGAAGGAGAGCUGUUUGCUGCACUUUUGAAGUGAAAUAGAACCACUGGCCCUCGUCCUUCUUCACUCACUCAACAAAGAAACCUUGUUCCUAUAACCACUAGUCAUGGGAAACCAACUCCAGAGAUCAAGAUCAGAGGAAAGAGAACUCUCGCCAUCAGCACAACCGAACGAACCAUCAAAUGCUCCUCCACGUCCUUUUAAACCAGCCCAUCUCCAACAAACACUAGUUGAGACCCUCCCCGUGGGUGGAAGUGACCCAAGAGCCUUUUUCCUACCAGUGGGUAACUCUGUACUACGAUACAACGAGAGUCCCUCGUCUGACGUUGGGCAGUCUCUUGCCCAAUCCGGAGUGUACGAAAUUGUUGAUCACAAGGACAUAGACUCUGCGUCUAUGCCAAUGAAUGAAUUGAUAGACGAGUAUGGCCCUCUCCUACCUUUGAGGUUCUGUGUCAGUGAUUCCUUGUACGGGGUCUGUGAAGAGAGCUCACUAAUGGAGGGACAACUUCUGAGUGUUCUAUUUGAGAAAGAGACCAAGGUUGUCCUAGCCAAAGCUAACCAGGGAGCAGAAUACGUAGUCCCACUCAACUCAGCACUUCUCUUCAGCAUAUUGCACAAUCCUCAGAAUAAGAUCGAGACAGGGAAGAAAGGGUACAAGUUUCCCAAGGUCUCUGAUAUAAUGGAUGCCACGGACAUGCCUCAGGCGGUUGCUGUCAUGAAGGCGUUCCAGUGUGAAGCAAAUGGUAACAUUCUCUUGAUAAUGGAGGGGCACAUAUUGAUAGUGAAAGGAGUUCGGGAAGGACAGGAUGGGCAAAGAAAGUUGAAGUGUUACAUGCUAAGCAAUAAGAGUGAAGUCUUUCUUGAUGAGAAUAUAGUUGGAGAAUUCACUACGGCUACGUCGAUGCUAAAAUUAAAACUCUCGGAUUUCAUUGAUCACGUAAAGUUGCCGAUUUGCGUGACACUUGAGAACUCAAAGCACCAAAAAAUACAAUUGCCGCUUCACACGACAGUUGGGUCUUACACCAUCACUGACCAAAAGAAGGAGAGAUCUGUUGUUGUGUCCACAGCAUACGGGAACAGGAGAGAAACCAUUGAGAUACUACUCAGCGUACCGAUUGAAGCCCAUCUCGUCAAAUCAUCAGAACAACAGCUGCAUCUAUUACGAACAGAGACACAACCUUUUUACAAGUCUUUCCAUCCGUCAAAGCUAGACAAGGUAAUAGUGGACUCGAACUCGUCCAUGAACUACAUACAGUCGAUGCUGUUUAAAGUCGUGCCUGAGGACGACACCUGGAUGUACGGAGUUGAUAUUUUCCCUCCUCAGCCACCGAGCUCUUCCUUUUCAAUAAAUCAAGAAGACGCUGACGAUUAUCUCGAGAUGAGUAUGGAGAGAAGUCUCACUCCUCCUCCUCCCUCAUCUAUUGGGAAACUACCUCUACCCAUACCGAGACAUCUUCCUAUGUCAGCACCUCCAACAAGGAAACCAUCACUAAAGCCAUUAAGAACUAAUAAUCAGAGCAGUACUAAUGAUUACGGUGAUGAUGAUGAUGAUGACCUUGAUGCAGAUGCCUAUGAGUUUAUUGAUGGGAGACCACCAAUGCCAGUACCAACUAGAGCAAUAAACCAACCACUCCCUCCUCCUCUUAUUCCUCCUCUGAAAAACCAGAAUACUUCAAUACCAAUACCAAAGGCAACCACAAAUCUUCAAAUGGACCCAAUCCCAUACAUGAUAGCUAAAGAGACUGGGAGUGGAUCACUGGUCCAUGAAGCUCCCUAUCAGUAUGUUAAACUCUCAGUUGAGAGGACAAGAGAGCUCGAGCUACUCAGACAAAAGCUAACAGAGUUAGAGACAACCAACAACCAACUCACAUCGCACAUACAAGAGUUAAAAGAAACAAAGAGUGGUGUCCCUACUAAUACUGCUCCCGAUCCUACAGCAAGUUUAUAUGAUGUCAGUGUCACUGAUGCUAACAGAACAGCAGCAUCAAAAUGUACUUGUGAAGAGCUUUUGAUUGUACUGGACAAACUUGGGCUUGGUCAGUAUAAAGAAACAUUUAGAAAUGAAACUAUAAACGGGACAAUAUUUAUUGAUUUGGAUGAGGAGAUAUUAGAGAAUGAGCUUAAAGUGAAAUCAAAGAUUCACAGGAUUAAGAUAAUGCGACUAGUAACUGGGAAACAAUCCGUUGUUGACCUACUCAAGACUGAGUAAUGAGUAUUUUGAAUGUUGCAUAGAUUUUAUGGAGUAUUAUUUCUUUAUUUUUUUUAUUGCCUGUUUUAUUGAUUUCUUUCUUUAAUUCUCUUUCUCUCUCUUUCUUGACAACAAAAUCACACCCAGUGUACUUAAUUGUGUCAUUGUAAAAUUCAUUAUUGACUUUAAUAGUUUUAGUGGUGUAUUGCACUACAAUAAAAUCUUAAA